GCUCACAAAACUUUCUACCUCACAAUAAUUACAUUACCAAAGUUAAACACAAAAUGACAGUUGCAUCAAUUUCUCCCAAGACAUUUGCUUUGUAUAUGCUCAACAAUGGCUUCCUUAGUGGAAUAGCAUAUCUUGCCUUGCUUCUUGGAAAUCAGUAUGGAUACAUGGGAAUACUGAUUGGUUGGACUUUUCGUUCUCUCUUUCUUUGUUGGUGGCUCACCCAUGGGGCCCCUGCCUUGGGCAUUGUUCGCAGAAUCUAUCCAGUGAGUUCUUCUGAUGAGGAACCUCUUCUGCCUCAAAUCUUGAUCAUGAUCAAAGGUGGAGCAUUGGAGUCCCUGUUGAUCUACCUGGUUUGUUACUGGGAAGGAAUUCGUGCUGGAGCACAGGAUGAAGCUGCUUCAUUCUUGCUCCAAUUCGCAACCUUCAUUCCCAAGUCUUUCAUUUGGGAGCUCAUUUUUGACUUUGGCCACUACUGGACUCAUCGUGCUUGCCAUGCAAACAUGACAGUGUACAAGUAUGUCCACUGGGACCAUCACGAGCACGAGAAACCUGGAGCCCUUUCAAGCUUCCGCAUGUCCAUCCCAGAGAUUCUUUUCAGCAAUGUACUCCCAGCAGUGGCUGCAUUUGGUCUCUGUUACCAACGGUUUACCUUGUUCCAGCUCCAUCUGAUCUUUACCUUCAAGACUGCUGUUGAGAUUGGUGGUCAUUCUGCCAUUGAAGGUGAUGACUUGUUCUCAUUCCCCCAGGCUGGACCAUUGCUAAAAGAAAUUUGUCUGGGACCAGGAGACCACGAUCUCCAUCAUCGGCAAAGGCAAUUCAACUUUUCAAAGCGAUUCCGGCUUUGGGACAUGAUCUUUGGAACUUUCAAGGAGCCAAAGUCAAAAGCAGUCUAGUCCCUUUUUGUCAUGGGCGCCCAUGUUCUACAUAACACAUAGACCAUAAAGAUAACACAAUAGAGAAUGAGCGUGGACGUGGAUUGCUCAUGACGAGACCUAUCAAGCUAGUGCUAAUAUUAUAUUUCAUUUUCACCCGGUGGUGGCUUGGCUGUU